AUGACUAUGCUCCUUGACAGCGGUCCGCAGUUCCCAUCGCUAGGAGUGGGGGGUUUCGGAACACCGCGGCACCAUGAGAUAGGGAACAGAGAUCCAGGUUUGGGACUCAAUCCCUUCGCUGAUUCAUCCCACUCCGCAGCUUUCAAACUCAGCCCGGUGGCUCACGAUAUAGCCUCCAGCCAGACUUCAGCUUUUACCCCGCAAGCCAGUGGAUACGCAGCUGCCCUGGGACACCAUCAUGGCGGACAGGUGGGUUCGUACGGCGGUGGACCGUUCAAUUCAACCCGGGACUUUCUAUUCAGAAACCGUGGCGUUGGAGAGUCCGCUGCAUCGAGUGCCCAGCAUGGGAUCUUUGCCGCUUCUGCGGGGAGCCUGCAUGGACCCCCUGGAAUCUCCGAUAACCCAGGACAUCUGUUGUUUUCAGGGCUCCAUGACCAGGGCGUGAGCCAUACUUCACCAAGCGGACAUGUAGUCAACAGUCAAAUGCAUCUUGGUUUACGCGGGGACAUCUUUGGAAGACCCGACCCAUACCGUCCGGUCGCCAGCCCUCGGACAGACCCCUACGGCGCUCAGCUCCACAACUACAACCACCCAAUGGGGAUGAAUAUGGGGAUGAAUGUGCCGACACACCACGGUCCUGGGGCCUUCUUUAGAUACAUGAGGCAACCCAUAAAGCAAGAAAUGUCGUGUAAAUGGAUAGAUGAGAACCAGAUGAACCGACCCAAAAAGACUUGUGAAAGGACUUUCAGCACAAUGCACGAGAUGGUGACGCACGUCUCCAUGGAACACGUUGGCGGCCCCGAGCAAAGUAACCACAUUUGCUUUUGGGAGGAUUGCCCUAGAGAGGGGAAAUCAUUUAAGGCCAAGUACAAACUCGUGAACCACAUUCGAGUGCACACUGGAGAGAAACCCUUCCCCUGUCCAUUCCCUGGUUGUGGAAAAAUAUUCGCCAGGUCGGAAAAUUUGAAAAUUCACAAAAGAACACACACAGGUGAGAAGCCGUUCAAGUGCGAAUUUGACGGCUGCGACAGACGCUUCGCCAACAGCAGUGACAGGAAAAAGCACAUGCACGUGCAUACUUCUGACAAGCCAUACAUCUGCAAAGUGUGCGACAAGUCCUACACGCACCCCAGCUCUCUCAGGAAACACAUGAAGGUACACGAGUCUCAAUGUUCUGAGUCCUCUCCAGCAGCAAGUUCUGGAUAUGAGUCGUCCACACCACCAGUUCUGGUGUCAGCGAACACUGAAGACCCAACAAAAACACCACCGUCAGCCGUGCAAAACACAUCUGGGCACAGCGAUGCAGGACUGCCACCCAACUUUAAUGAAUGGUACGUUUGA